AUGUCCGAAUCGGUCCCGGAACUACGCUUCCGAUCGGGAAAUGUCCCAACGCGCUAUUUCAAGGCAUGUCGCUGGUGUCGCAAGCAAAAAAUGCGCUGUGAUGCCCGAAAUCAGGUCCCUUGCGCCCGUUGUCGCGCCGUGGGCCGAGAUUGCAUCCUGGAUCCGGUCGAGAGCGCAAGGCGACAGAGUACCCGGCGGUCAUCCCCGGCUACUCGUCCUAUUAGGCGCCAACAGGCAAGGUCUCCUUGGACCGAACCACACGGCUUCGGGAGUCCUUCUCCUAGAGAACAGGAUUACUCUACAUCCACCACAGUACAAGAUGUGCCAAUCAACGCCUCGCUCGAUUCGCUCCCAGAGUCUACUGCCGCAGCGGAUUUGAGUUCGCCUGGAACAGCAGAGCGACAUGCACCGGAGCCCCAACAGUUGAGUCCUAAUGACAUGAUCGCCCCGGUUUCCGUGAUGCACUCCAUGUCGGUCAAUUUACUGGGAUCAAGCAGCAUCUUCAUGGACAGCUCCAGCAAAGCGGAUCCUAAGAGCGAUAUCAUCGCCCGUGGGAUCAUCAGUGAAGAGCGUGCACGCGUGAUGUAUGACCGCUUCAUGGGUGGCAGUAAGAACUUCCUGGCACUGUUUGAUCCCAUUCGGGACACGUUCGAUUCGGUCCGCUCUCGCUCCCUUUUCUGCUUUUCAGUCAUCAUCUACCUCGCUAGUCGGGCCGUGAUGGACUUGCGGAGUGAUACCCAUCUUCAACGUGUUCUUCAAGACGAAGCGCAGAGACUGGCCGAGGAUAGUUUUUUUGAGCGGCCCACCAAAGUUGAAACCGUACAAGGCAUGAUUUUGCUGGCUGCCUAUUCUGAAAAGACGUGGUUUUCAACCGCACUCAUCUUGCGGACCGCCCUCGAUUCCGGGCUGGAGAAAUCUCUAGAUGCCUUACUGUCUCAGGAAGACGUACCACGCAGUUCUUUGUCGGCUUCCAUGGAAGACCAACUAGACGUGGCAUCCGGAACAGGCCGCAAGUCACGGAUCGAUGCAGUGGACACAAUAAAAUUGCGCAAGUUCCUGGAGUAUCCGCUAUCCUUGCCCUGUGAUAUGCGCACCAUUUCCAUCAUAGAAAUCCACCAGCUCCGAAGCCAAUCGCGCAUGUCCAUUGAGAACGCCAAGACAGUUGAUGAAAUUGUAUUGGUUGAGCUGCCUGCGGUCAUGACAAGACUGCAAAAUUGGUGGAACACAUGGGAUGAAAUCCACGGCAACAACGCCUUUCAUGCUGGUGCCUUCCAGCGGUGUAGUUUGAAGUUGAUGUUGAACUACGCCCGAAUCUUCGUCCUAUGCGCCUCCUUGGCUCGGAUUCAGAAACUCCAAUCCGGUGCUGCCGAGCCCAACUCGGAGACAACAGGUGACAAGGAUGUCUCACAUUUGUGGCGCGCUCUCGCGACAACCAUCAUGGAUCAACUGGAUUGCUUCAUUCAAGAAAGUGCCUACCGCUGCCAACUCACGUGGGCUCCUACCUAUCCAGCUCUGACCCUAGCCUUCGUCACAACGUUCGCUCUCCGGAUUGCUCGAUGGCGUCCGGACUUAAUCGAUCAGGAUCUCCUCCUUGAGAGGGCCCAACUGAUCUGCGAUUUUCUCAAGCAGCCGCCCUAUCCGGACAUUCACCGUACCGUGUCCAUCUUCGUCAACUACGGUCGCGCCCUAGUCGCUAGCCAACGAGGGCAUGCGGACUACUGUGCAGAAGUGAUAAAGCCCUCAGAACAAGCCAAUGGGCAGUUCUCAUUAGGUAGAGGGACAUAUGGGGUCCCGGUGGAUGUGUCAACUUCUUCCGGGAUGGCAUCCGAACAGGUGAAUUACCCGGCAGGCGCAAUGACCCCUCAGGCCGACAAGGAUAGUGGUGCCGCUGGGGUACCCAAUGCUGAAAGAACUGCGCCUGGCAGACAGCUCCCUGCCAGACUGCCGGGGCCAAUGGAAGCUCCUAAUUGGUCGAUGUGUAACCCCAUUGCCGAUUCAUUCGGCUUGUUCGAAGAGGAGCAGAACGACAUCUUUGACUUCUUACCAAUGAUGCCGUCCAUUCCACAAUAG